AACUCUGGGAGUUGAAGUCCACAAGUCUUAAAGUUGCCAAGGUUGGAGAUCCCUGGCUUAGAGACUUUUCACUGGACGGUCCAGCCUUUCUCUGUGCCUUUGCAGAUAGAUCGCAUUUCCAGGGAAACAAAAAGCAGAGAGCAAGGAAAAGCAGCUCCUGGAGUACAGAAGACUGCCAGAAUCGAAGGGAUAUUUGUGUAUGUGUGUGUGUGAUUACAGGUAGUCCUCGACUUACAGCCACAAUAGAGCCCAACAUUUCUGUUGUUAAGUGAGACAUUUCUUUUGCCCCAUUUUACCACCUUUCUUGCCACACUUGUUAAGUGAAUCACUGCAGCUGAUAAAUUAGUAACCUGACUGCUAAGUGAAUCUGGCUUCUCGGUUCAUUUUGCUUGUCAGGAGGUCGCAAAAGGUGAUCGCAUGACCUUGGGACACCGCAAGUAUGAACCAGUUGCAGAGCAUCUGAAUUUUGGUUACUUGAUCAUGGGGAUGCUGCAAAGGUGGUAACUGUGAAAAACAGUCAUAAGUCAUUUUUUUCAGUGGCGUUGUAACCUUGGUCACUAAACGAACUGUUGUAAGUUGAGGACUACCUGUACUGCUGUUGUUUUCAUUGAACCCCUGCAUGCAAGUUUGGCUCCGGAACUAAUAACCAAAUAGUGUGUUUUAAAUGAGUCGUAAUGAUCUAAUACAAACUGGACAUGGCAGUGGAAUAGCUUGAGACUCAAAUCCAACCUCUGAGGAGUUUCAGAAAUGUCAGCACCAUCUAAGAAAGAAAGGAAAGCCUGCUGGGAUGCCCGAGAUUUUUAUUGGAAAUGCUUAGAUGAAAAUAUGAAAGAUAUAUCAAAAUGUGACAAAUUGAGGUGCUCUUUUGAAAAUUCAUGCCCACAGCAGUGGGUUAAAUACUUUAACAAAAGAAGAGAUUAUUUACAAUAUAAGGCACAAAUGGAAUCAGGACAAUUUUUGCCUUCAGAGAAAACAGAGAAGUCAUAGCAACUAGAGAACUUUUACAAUACUGUACACAAGGGAAGUUGCAGAAAAACAGCAUAAUUGAAGAACAUAAAUGUUGGCACCAACAAUGUCCUAUAAAUUUUAAGACCUGUUCUUGUUUAUAAAUCUCAUACUGGCCUGAAAGCUCCAGCUUCCAUUAUUUGAAAUCUUAUUGGAGAGAAGAGGCACUUAGGAAAAUAUGCUUACCUUUCACCACUAAAAGACUACACCAUCAAUAAAAUCAAAAUAAAUGAACUGUAUAAAUUCAAA